CCAUUUUGUUUCCGUUGUUGCAACGAGACUUCGUAGUCAGUACGUCCGCCAAUUUCAGUGGUUUCGUAUCGUGCGAAAGAGCUUCAUUAUUAGUUUGAGCUGAUCGCAAAUUGUGUAAACGUUCAGAAUGAGCACCCGAGUAUUCGUUGGUGGAUUAACAUACCGGGUGAGAGAGCGCGACCUUGAGAAGUUCUUCCGGAAAUAUGGUAGAAUCAAGGAGGUCGCUAUGAAGAAUGGAUUUGCCUUUGUGGUAAGUCUAAUGUGGUUUAAUUGUUUUUUUACAGUAUGGUAGGGACAAGGGUCUAUGUCGGUGGGCUUCCAUACGGCACCAGGGAAAGAGACCUUGAGAGAUUUUUCAGAGGCUACGGUCGAUUCCGUGAUGUUCUGAUCAAGAAUGGUUAUGGCUUUGUUGAAUUUGAUGACUAUAGAGACGCCGACGACGCUGUGUACGAGCUAAACGGAAAGGAACUUUUAGGAGAAAGAAUUACUGUAGAGAGGGCCCGGGGGACACCUAGGGGUAGUGACCAGUGGCGCUAUGGUGACUCCCGUGGUGGUUAUGGGGACUCGAGGCGAUCUGCCCGAGACGAUAUGCGGCACGACAGAGAUAGUGUGAACAGAAACACGAGGACUGCAUCUAGCUACAAGCAAUCAUUGCCCAGAUAUGGACCACCAACACGCACCGAGUAUCGCCUCACCGUGGAGAAUUUGUCAAGCCGCGUUAGUUGGCAGGAUUUGAAGGAUUACAUGAGAAGUGCUGGAGAAGUAACAUAUGCUGACGCUCAUAAGCAACGUAGAAAUGAAGGAGUCGUUGAAUUUGCUACGUAUUCCGAUUUGAAGAACGCUAUUGAUAAAUUAGAUGACACAGAAUUGAAUGGCCGCAGGAUUAGGCUCAUCGAAGACAAGAGACGUGGUCGUCGUUCAAGGUCUUCUAGUUCCAGAUCGCGUUCACGAUCCCGGUCCAGAUCCCGUCGUCGAUCACGCUCUCGCUCAAGGAGCCGUCGCAGUUCACGCAGCCGCAGUCGUCGCAGCAGCCGUUCCAAAUCAAGGGCACACUCCAAGUCCAAAUCCAAAUCUAAAUCCAAGUCCCCCGAGCGUAGUCGCUCACGCUCAAAGUCCAAAUCAAGAGACCGCUCAAAGUCGAAAUCUAAGUCAAAGUCCAAAUCCAGAUCUCGUUCUAGGUCCAAGGCUGAGAGGUCAAAGUCCAGGUCGCAGUCCAAAUCCAAAGCCAAGUCUCCCUCAAAGGAUAGAUCGAGCCGCGAGCGUUCAAGAGGCGACAGAUCCAGAUCGCGAUCGGGAAGCAAACACAGCAAGAGUCGCAGCCAUUCUCGCUCCCCCAUGAACGGUGAUAAGUCUCCGGAAAGCAGCAAACAGAAAGCUGAUUGAAUGAAGAACAUUAACAAAAAUAAACAACUGUUAUUUCUCUUUAUGUCUUUUUUUUCUUUUUUUUUUUCUUUAUAUUGAGUCACAAUCAACAGUUAAAUAUCUCAUACCUUAAAAUUUCCAUCGUGUUAAUUAUCAUGCAAAAUUUUGCAAAUUUGCAAGAGUUCCAAACAGUUUUUUAAAACUGGAAGACGUACGUAAAGUCUGUUAAAAAAGUUUCACCAUUUCGAGAGUUCAAAAUAUUCAAUCGGCUUACACUUAAACGGUUCAUGCUACUAUUGAAAGGAAACGUGUGGAUUUUUAAAACUGCACUAUUAAUUAUCUCAUGUCUUUUUUUUUAUUAAAUUUUUUUUUUUAUGUUAGUACACAUCAUUCAACUCUGAUUCCGCGCAUUUAGACAGAUAAUUCUUUAUUCGUACCUUCAACUACAUGGAUUUUAAUGUAUCUCCGUAUAAUAAGAGUUUCCUCAAUGGCUUUUUGUAUAUAUUCCUAACGAUUACAUUACAAUAAGGUAUGUGAUGUGUAUUAAAUAUUUAGUGAUAAGAGGUAUCUUAUUGUCAAUAAAAUUUCACGUCAAGGCAAAUUAAA